UGGAAAUUCUACGACGCAGACGAUUAUCAUCCUCCAGAGAAUAAAAGGAAGAUGGCUGAGGGAACACCGCUGAACGAUGAGGACAGGAUUCCCUGGCUUUGUGCAUUGCAUGACAUACUAAGGAGAGAAGACUCAUCUAGACAAGAUGCAAUUCUGGCCUGUUCUGCACUGAAGAAGGUGUACAGGCAUGUAUUACUUAGUGGAGCAUCUGCAAUUGAAAGCAACCAGCCAGAGCAACCGGGAGCACUGAAGAUCCUCUUCGUUCAUUUGGAUGGGCCUAUGGACAUCAUUGCUGGCCGCCUGGAGAAGAGGAGAGGACAUUUCAUGCCACCUGAACUUCUCAAGUCUCAGUUUGAUACUCUGGAGCCUCCCAGCGCACCAGAAAACUUUAUUACUGUCAGUGUAGAAAAACCUCUCCACGAAAUAGUGCUGGAGAUUGAGCGUGCCAUCCUUUCAGGGUGA